AUGGACACUCUGCGAAACAGAGGUGUCUUCAGGGUUUCAGUAUGUGGGCAAGAGGAGUUAGAGCGGCUGUCAAGGGAUGGUAGCCAUUACAGUCUCACAACAGGGAUUUUGCCUUCACUUGGUGCAAGAAGUAACCGAAGAGUUAAGCUCAAUAGGUUUAUUAUAUCGCCUUAUGACCGUCGUUACAGAAUAUGGGAGACAUUUCUCGUUGUUCUGGUCAUCUAUACGGCUUGGGUAUCACCUUUCGAAUUUGGAUUUCUCAAACAACCAGAGAGACCACUCUCCAUCUGCGAUAAUGUUGUCAAUGGAUUCUUUGCUACGGAUAUUGUUUUAACCUUCUUUUUGGCUUACCUUGAUAAAACCACCUACCUACUUGUUGAUGAUCGCAAGAAGAUUGCAUGGAAGUAUGCCACUUCCUGGUUGGCUUUGGAUAUCAUAUCCACAAUCCCAACUGAACUAGCUCGGAAGAUCUCCCCUAAAUCAUUCCAGUCCUAUGGCUUCUUCAACAUGCUUCGCCUUUGGCGUCUCCGAAGAGUCAGUGCCCUGUUUUCUAGAUUGGAGAAAGAUAGGACCUAUAACUAUUUCUGGGUCCGGUGUGCUAAACUUAUAUGUGUCACUCUUUUUGCCGUACACUCCGCCGGAUGCUUCUAUUAUCUUAUUGCUGCACGCUACCAUGAUCCGCAGAGGACAUGGAUUGGAGCAUCCCUAGGAGACAAUUUCCUAGAGCAGAGUAUAUGGACAAGAUACGUGACUUCCAUUUACUGGUCUAUUACUACUCUAACAACUGUGGGAUAUGGUGAUCUGCAUCCCGUGAACACAAGGGAGAUGAUGUUUGACAUCUUCUACAUGCUCUUCAACCUUGGAUUGACGGCAUACUUAAUAGGAAACAUGACGAACUUGGUUGUGCACGGGACUAGUCGAACUAGAAGAUUUAGAGAUACAAUUCAAGCUGCUUCAAGUUUCGCUCAGAGGAACCAGCUGCCUGUUCGCCUACAAGAUCAGAUGCUUGCACAUUUGUGCUUGAAGUUCAGGACAGAUUCAGAGGGGCUGCAGCAGCAAGAGACUCUUGAUUCCCUUCCAAAAGCCAUCCGUUCAAGCAUUUCACAUUAUCUUUUCUACUCUCUUGUGGACAAGGUCUACUUGUUUCGAGGGGUUUCCAAUGACUUGCUUUUCCAGUUGGUCUCAGAGAUGAAAGCCGAGUAUUUUCCUCCCAACGAAGACGUGAUCCUGCAGAAUGAAGCACCAACAGACUUUUAUAUACUUGUUACUGGUGCUGUGGAUCUACUUGUUAUGAAAAAUGGAGUUGAACAGGUUGUUGGCGAGGCUAAAACUGGUGAUCUUUGCGGUGAAAUUGGAGUACUCUGUUGUAGGCCACAGCUCUUCACAGUGCGAACCAAGAGAUUGAGCCAACUACUACGACUGAACCGUACUGCGUUCUUGAAUAUUGUUCAGGCCAAUGUUGGAGACGGGACCAUAAUCGUGAACAAUCUUCUUCAGUAUUUGAAAGAACUGAAAGACCCAAUUAUGGAAGGAGUAUUGCUGGAGACGGAGAACAUGCUAGCUCGUGGUAGAAUGGACCUACCUCUCACUCUAUGCUUUGCAGCACUAAGAGGAGACGACCUUUUGUUGCAUCAGUUGUUGAAACGGGGCCUGGAUCCAAAUGAAUCAGACAACAAUGGGAGGUCAGCAAUGCAUAUAGCAGCCUCCAAAGGAAGUGAGAACUGUGUCCUACUUCUACUUGAUCAUGGAGCUGAUCCUAACUGCCGAGACUCGGAUGGAAAUGUACCACUAUGGGAGGCAAUGCUGGGAGGCCAUGAAGCAGUGGCCAAACUACUGAUACAAAAUGGUGCAAGCAUACAUCAUGGAGAUGUGGGCCAUUUUGCAUGCACUGCUGCUGAGAAAAACAACUUGAAAUUGCUCAAUGAAAUUGUUCGAUAUGGAGGGGAUGUGACAAGUCCAAGGAACAAUGGAAUCACUGCUCUGCAUGUAGCAGUUUGUGAAGACAACGCUGAAAUAGUGAGAUUCCUCUUGGAUCAAGGUGCUGAUAUUGACAAACCAGAUGAUGCCCAUGGUUGGACUCCAAGGGGUCUAGCUGACCAACAAGGACAUGAAGAAAUAAGAUUCAUUUUCCAAACUCGUAAAGAAGCUAAAACGCAAUCCUUUGUUGCUAUUCCUGAGAAGCAGGAUUAUGGAAUUCGAUUUCUUGGGAGGUUUACAAGUGAACCAACUAUUCGGCCUCUGUCUCAAGAAGGUUCAUUCCCAGCUACAGAUGCAUCAUGGAGUCAAACCCGUCCGAGGCGCAGGACUAACAAUUUUCACAACUCAAUCUUCGGGAUGAUGUCAGCUGCCCACAGAGGGAAGAAAGACCUGCUGUUCCCAACCAGCCAUACUAGUCAUGGAGCCAGUCCUGCUAGAGUAACAAUUAGUUGCCCUGAAAAGGAAGAAGUUGCAGGAAAGCUUGUUCUACUUCCAAAUAGCUUUCAGGCAUUGCUUGAGAUUGGUGCUAAAAAAUUCGACAUCUCACCCGCCAAAGUAAUGAUUAAGGAUAAAGCUGAAAUUGAUGACAUUGAGGUGAUUAGAGAUGGUGAUCAUCUUAUAUUUGCCACUGAUGGAAUGCAAGAGACUAACAACAAAGACUCAUAA